UUAAGGUUAUGCUGCCAUAAUUAAAAAAAAAAAUAAAUCGCAAAUAUGAAAAAGAAACGUUAUUCUGGACCGAUUCCUCUCACUUAAUAUUAAAAGUUGCCUUUUUACUGUUAAAAUCCAUCUAAAAUAGUGCCUGGCCUUAUGCCGUAACGUCAUAAUUUGUCAAUUACGGUUUCCAUUUUGUUCACCCCAAGAGCAACAAAAUAUUAAUAUUUACACGAAAAAACCCCUGUAACAUUUAAAAAUAACGCAAAACAUGGCGAGUUUGAAGCCCCGUGACGCAAAAGGAAAAAUAUCCCUAGAAAACUUCACUGUCGAGAACUUCUUAGGGGCCAUCGAAAAUUCCCGCCAGUCCCAAGGGACAAGUAUCGAAAAUUACGACUUUAACAAGUCCCGAUGCCGCAUUUUAUCCGCAAACGAUCAAAUAUCCGAAGGGUCCAAAGGCGUUUUGUACUGGAUGACCAGAGACUGUAGGAUACAUGACAAUUGGGGCAUAUUGUUCAGCCAAAGGCUCGCCUUAAAGAACAAACUGCCACUGCUCAUAUGUUUCAGUUUGUUUGAGGCACAUCACUAUUACCCCACUAGAAGGCAUCAAGAUUUCCUUAUUAAAGGGCUUGAGCUUGUAAAAAAUGAUUGUGAGGCCUUAAAUAUUAACUUUUACUUAAUAAACCAGUCUCCAAGGGAAUUGGUAAAGAGUGUAGUGAAAAACAAACUGGGAGGAGUUGUGUGUGACUUUAGUCCAUUAAAAAAGAGGCGAGAAUGGAUAGACACACUUUGCAAAGCCUUACCUGAUGAUAUACCAAUAGUUCAAGUGGAUGCCCAUAAUAUUGUACCAGCAUGGAUCGCUUCCGAAAAGCAAGAAAUAAUGGCCAAAACACUGAGGCCAAAAAUAAAUAAAAAACUUUCCGAGUACUUAACAGGUUUUCCAGCAGUAAUUAAGCAUCCAUACAAAGGCAUUUUUAACAUAGAGACCAUUAGUUUCGAUAAAGCUUUCUCAGUUCUAAAGACAACUCAUGACGUUGGUCCAGUGGAGGAAGCAGGGGCUAAAAGAGGCUUGGAAAUGUUAUUUAAGUUCAUGCAAAAGGGCCUUAAACACUAUGGAAUCACCAGUAACGACCCCUCAAAAGAACACACCUCAAAUUUGAGUUUCUGGAUCAAUUUCGGGCACAUUUCGGCGCAAAGGGUGGCCUUGGAAGUGAAAAGUUUAGAAAGUCUGUAUAAGGAGCAAGUGGAUAAAUAUCUAGAAGAGCUGAUUGUCAGAAGGGAACUUGCUGAAAAUUACUGCUUUUAUAACGAGAAUUAUGAUAAUUUAAUGGGGGCGGCUGAUUGGGCGAGGAAAAGUUUGGAAUUACAUGCCGGGGACAAGAGGAGUUAUUUGUAUAGCAAGGAAGAGUUUGAAAAAGGAUUGACCCACGACGACUGUUGGAACGCCGCCCAAUUCCAAUUAAAAAAAGAAGGCAAAAUCCACGGGUACAUGCGCAUGUACUGGUGUAAAAAGAUCCUGGAAUGGAGCAGCGGUCCCAAAGAGGCACUGGACACCGCCCUAUGGUUGAACGAUACGUUCGCCCUCGAUGGUAACGACCCGAACGGGUUUGUGGGGGUGAUGUGGUCGAUAUGUGGGGUGCACGACCAGGGUUGGAGAGAAAGGGAGGUUUUCGGGAAGAUUCGCUUUAUGGUGGAGUACAGUUUGAGGAGGAAGUUCGAUAUGGAGGCUUAUUGUGCCAGAUACGGAGUGGUCGGGAAGAAAGAGCAGAAGAAAGGAGGGAGCAAGAGGAAGAAUUCUAAUUAAAGAUAUUUUACUUCAAAGAAAAAUGGGUUUUUGUACCAUUUUUGAAGAGGGAAUUAAGUUUUGGUUCAUUAUGCCUGUAAUGUAUGUUUUUUUAAAUAAAAUUUUUAAAAAACA